AUGGCCUUGUUGCAAUGGAGAUGCUGGCACGGCGUCUUGCACACACUCUCGACUCUCGCUCUGUCUUUCUUAGCGGGCUAUGCCGAUGUCAUCACCUAUAUGCGCUAUGGAAGCUUUGCAGCAAGCAUGACGGGCAACGUCGUCUUUGCGGGCCGGGAGCUUGCCAAGGGCUCCUGGGACGUCUUCUUCUAUAUUUCGAUUAUGGCCUCCUGGGCUUUGGGCUCAUCGGCAUACACUGAAGUUGAAAGGAUGUGCCCUCAGAGAGGUGGCUCGUGGACGGCGGUCGCGAUAGCAGUGAUGUCCACUGCCGUCGAUGUCGGGUACAAUAUCAGCGCCUACCAUGGUGCUUCUUCUCGCUGGUGGAUUCUUGGGCUUAUGCCCGUCUUUGGCGUAGCGGAGGCUUUUGCGCUGCAGCACUUGAGUCUUCCAACGACUGGUGUGGCGAAACACCUGUUCAAUCUCUCAAGGCUCUGCGAGCUCUUUCGCAAGGAGACAGCCGACACCGUGCGAGAGGAUGUCAUGCUCAGUGGCGUCAUGAUCUGUGGGAUGAUUGGCGGCGCGGUGCUAGGAGAGCGGCUGGUUGCAACUUUUGGACUGCAAGUGCGAUGGUGUUUCAUGCCGGUGUCGCCGCUUGUUGCCCUUGCGGUCUGCAUGCACGAAUGGUUACAUUCCUGGAAGCAUGCUCGGACGCGGCACGAUUUGGAAGCCUCUGAAGAAGAUGAUAGCGAAGACAACGAGUGCUGA